GGGAGGUGUUGCCCCGCAGAGGGCCCGCGCGGGCUCAGCCUUUAAGGGCCACCAGUGGGGACGGCCGCUGAGCGUGCUAGGAGGCCGUUGCUUUCCCCAGGGGCUCUCUUCCAGGCUCGGUCCGGUGUCGGCAUGGCCCGAGGAAAUCAGCGAGAACUUGCCCGCCAGAAAAACAUGAAGAAAUCCCAGGAAAUUAGCAAGGGAAAAAGAAAAGAGGAUAGCUUGACCACCUCUCAGAGAAAGCAGAGGGACUCUGAGAUAAUGCAACAAAAGCAGAAGGCAGCUAAUGAGAAGAAGUCUAUGCAGACGAGAGAAAAAUGAUGACUAUUUGGAAAAACCUGGGUGUUAUUGCCAACUAGGUGUAUCAUAAGCUCUAAGGUCAAAAAUUUUGUGGAGCAGUCAUAUGUUAUACCCUUAUAAAACUAUUUUAAACUUUACCUUUCAGCCUGACUUAGUGUAAUGUUUCAGAACCAUUCUUCAAAGAAUAAAACCAUAACCAGUCAUGUGAUAUAUUGGUGAACGUUAUUUUUUUUUUAUCAGCGGUGAGCAUUUAUAUAAUUUGCUAGAGCGGUAACGUGAUGAGAUCAUAGAAUCUCCUAUAAAUCUAGAAUCUUUAUCAUAAACUUUGUCAAAGUAGAUCUUAUUUAAAGUCAACUUGAUUGUAUAA